AUGGCGAACCCCAAGAUCGAUACGGAAACUGCUAUUACUGAACUUGGCGUUGGCGAGGCGCUUAUUUCAUUAUUAGAUGAAAAGGGUCGGCCGACGCCCGUUGAGCGAGCUUUUGUCUUGCCGCCGACGAGUCAAAUUGGACCAAUUACAGCUGCAGAGCGCCAAGCGAUCAUGAAAAGCUCUUUGGUAGCGGGAGUCUAUGAUCAAACUGUGGAUCGAGAAUCGGCCUAUGAAGUCUUAAAAGCAAGGGCUGCACAAGAGGAUCAAGGUGCACCUAGUGCCAAAGAGGUGAUCGCACCACCACCAGCGGCAGCUGCAACGACAUCAAUUUUUGGUAGUAUUUUUGGUGGAGAUGAUGCUAAAGAAACCAAAAAAGCACCGAGCAGGCAAUCUGAUACGUUAUUUGAAGCAACAGCUAAGUCUGUAUUGCGCAGUGUUGGGACGCAGCUUGGCAAACAAAUUGUUCGUGGUGUGUUAGGGAGUAUCAUGGGAGGGCGACGCUAA